AUGCUUCUUGAAUUUGUUCAUCAUUGUUCUUAUGACUGUGUACUUGUGUAUUCUUUGCUCGUCUUCUCCCUGUUUCAAGCUCUUGAAAGCAGCACAAUUUACAAUAUAACUGCAUCAAGGUCACUCAUUCAGAACCAAACCCUUGUCUCUCGUAGUCAAAUCUUCGAGCUCGGGUUUUUCACACCACAUGGAUCAGCCAAGCAGUACGUAGGAAUAUGGUACAAGAACAUGACUCCCUCCAGAGUUGUCUGGGUGGCCAACAGGGACAAGCCACUUGGACACAAAGAUCAAUCUGCGAGUUUAAUAAUUAGCGGAGAUGGAAAUCUGAAGCUUCUUGAUGGGCAACAAAACACUGUUUGGUCUACUAAUGUCCUGGCAAAGUCGAAUUAUUCUGCAGCAGUGCUUUCAGACUUUGGAAACCUUGUUCUUCAAGAUGGGAACGCGAAUGAAAUAUGGGAAAGCUUCGAUGAGCCAACCGACACUCUCCUGCCAAACAUGAAGAUUGGAGUAAACGUUAAAACAGGAAAGAAAAAAUAUUUGAUUUCCUGGAAAGGUGAAGAUAAUCCAUCUUCCGGAAGCUUUGUCCUCGGAGUGACAUCGGAGAUACCACCUCAGGUUUUCGCUUGGAUUGGAUCAAGUCCAUACUGGAGAAGCGGACAGUGGGAUAAAUCCAAGUUCAUUGGAAUACCGACCAUGAGGGACACAUACCUGAGUGGCUAUGAGCUAGUGCAAAAUAUCGACCAGGGAACGUCAUAUUAUUCCAUCAAUAAUUAUGACAACUCCUUCUUUGGAUAUGUUUUCAUCUCAUCAGAAGGAUCUAUAAAGUUUGUUCGUUGGGGUGAUGGAUGGUCAACAAACUGGGAAGCACCAGCACCAGCUAACCAUUGUGAAAUUUAUGGAACAUGUGGCCCUUUUGGAGUUUGCGACACAUUUAGUUCACCUAUAUGCAGAUGCUUAAAAGGGUUUAAACCCAGGUCAGAUGAAGAAUGGAAUAGAGGAAACUGGACCGGAGGGUGCAUUAGGAUAAUGGAAUUGAAUUGUCAGAAAUCCGCAAGCGCAACAGCUUCGAUGUCUGUGGAAAAAGAUGUGUUCUGGCAAAUGAAACAUAUGAAAUUACCUGAUUCUGCAGAUUAUUUGUCAAACAUAGCUGAUGCAGAAGGAUGUCAAAGUUGGUGCCUAGGAAACUGUUCGUGCUUGGCCUUUUCUUAUGUGGAUACUAUAGGAUGUAUGGCUUGGUGUAAAAAUAUCAUAGAUACUCAGCAAUUCUCCACAGAAGGCAAAGAUCUAUUUAUUCGGCUUGUGGAUGCGGAUAAAGGUGUACCUGAGCAGACAAAACUCAUCAUCAGCCUAAGUACUAUUUCUGUCAUCAUGUUAUUAGGAGCUGGCAUUUCAGUCUAUGGUCUCUCCAAGUGGACAGGGAAAUUUAAGGAAAUGACAAUCCCAAGGGUCCUUAAGUCAGUGGCCACAGCCAACAGAUCAGUGGAAUUGCUAAGGGAAAGUGCAUGGAAAGAGCAAAUGAAGCAAGGUGAUGCAUUGGAAUUAACGGUUUAUGAUUUUGAUAGCAUACUCCUUGCGACAGACAACUUUGACGUGAAAAACAAACUCGGGCAAGGAGGGUUUGGCCCUGUGUAUAAGGGAAAGCUGAACGAUGGUAAGGAGAUAGCUGUGAAAAGACUUUCGAGCAGCUCAGGCCAAGGCAUAGCAGAGUUCAAGAAUGAGAUCCUUCUAAUAUCCAAACUUCAACACCGAAAUCUGGUGAGACUUGUCGGUUACUGCACUGAAGGUGAAGAAAAGAUACUAGUGUAUGAGUACUUGCCGAACAAGAGCUUGGAUGCCUUUCUUUUCGAUUCAAAAGAGAAGGCAAAACUAAGCUGGGGCGUACGCUUCCACAUUAUCCAGGGAGUUGCAAGAGGGCUGCUCUACCUCCACCGUGAUUCUUGCCUCAGGGUCAUACAUCGAGAUUUGAAAGUGAGUAACAUUCUCUUGGAUGAAAAGAUGAAUCCCAAGAUUUCAGAUUUUGGGCUGGCACGGAUGUUCGAAGGCACUCAAGUUUUGGUAAAUACUCACAAAGUUGUGGGGACACUCUUUGGAGUACUGAUAUUGGAGCUUAUCAGCAGCAAGAAGAACACAAGUUUAGGUUACCAUGGACAGCAUCUCAAUCUCCUUGCUUAUGUAUGGCACUUGUGGUGUGAAGGCAGAGGAUUGGAGCUAAUGGAUGAAGCCAUUGCUGAUGCAUUUUCGCCAUUAGAAGUGAUGAGAUGCAUUCAGUUAGGGCUUCUCUGUGUGCAGGACCAUGCCACAGAUAGACCCAACAUGUCGGCCGUGGUUCUGAUGCUAAGUGGGGAGUCUGAUAUUCCACAGCCAAAGCAACCAAUAUUUUUAUUUGAACGCUCGCCGAGCCACGAAGUUCAAUCACCAGACAAAAUUAUCCGGUCCAGGAAUACCAUCACCAUUACUACCGCUGAAGGAAGAUGA